AUGGCAAGCGUCCAGUACUUCCUGGUGCUCAGCAUCUUGAACGCUUUGCAACUUGUGCUUUCCUUCACCUCCAUCUUCUUCGAUGGCGACAGCAGCGCUGUCACGCUCAUUUGCCAACCACUCACUGCGAUCCUCGUCUCUCGCUUCCUGCUGGACCUCCAGAACUGCCAGAAGAGGCGCACGAAGCUCGGUGGGACGGCGGCUCUCGGUUCGACUUCUUCGACGAACGACAUGAGUUCGACACGCGGGUCGCUGAGCUUCGCCAGGUUCGUUGGGUCCAUCGGCGAAUCGCUGGAGGAGUCGGAGAGCCACAGCGGGGGGCGCACGAGCCACGCGGAGGACACCGAACUGCGUUCGUUCGGCAGCUCUGAUGCGGAGGGCGCCUUCGACGGCCACUUCAUCCUCUUUCGGCGGCGCGUCUGCUCGACAGUGCAGCACACACGCGAUUGCCCUGUAGGCUCGGUCACCGGGGGCAGAUUGUACUCCGGUCGACGACCUUCUCGACUGAGCCGCACGCGGCACGAAAGCGCCGUUCAGGAGCUCAGUUGGCCUGGAGCUGGGUCCUGA